AUGCAAGCCAACCUCUUCAAGAUUCUCGCCAUCGUGGCCGUAUUUUCGACGGUCCAGUCGGCCCCAGUAGAGACUGCUGAGGGCCAGGUCACCGAGACCCGUAACAGAAUUUAUAUCAAAGGCAUCGAAUGCUAUAAGAAGGACCCAGCGCCUCCUAUCAGCGUAAAAGAGAAGGAGGGCGACAUUUUCAGGGGAGUCUGCUUCAACUAUACCUGCUGGCACCAUGAUCAGUGCAUAGCCAGGGGUUGUCGGGAAUGCAAUAUUUACUUCAACGACUGUGGCGAUGAAUUCAUAAGAUGCUAUUAG